AUGGGACAGUCUCUUGGUGACUUAGAUACGGCUUUGAUCCCGGCAGAACCUCAGUUGUAUCCGCCCGAAGUCAGCUUGAAUAGCCAGCGUGUCUUGCAAUCAACUCCGACAGAUGUACCAGCACGGCCUAGCAGUGAGCCCAUUUUACAAGAUGAAUCCGUCGUAUAUGACACCACAUCCGGGCUAGAAAACCAUGGGGACCGGACGGAUGUUACAAGGGAUGGGGUGACCACACAAAUUGUCCAGGUCAAUGAACCCUCGAUCAGCGAGGCUAUUUCGGAUAAGGAUAUAAGAGGCAGACUCACCGAGAGUCAAGCACGUGCCUUCUCUCGUCUUAGACCUCAUACUCGCUCGGUCAACCAAUCGCAAGCCACACUGGCAAACUCUCCAUCUCUUCGUCCGCGACGAAAGGCAAAACCAGCCCGGCGAGAGCAAUUUCCUGCCGUUUCCGUUGUCAUCCCUGUCCGUCGAAACAAUAAAGUGGUUGCAAGGGCCAAGGAGAACUCUCUAAGCAGAACACGACGGUGUAGUCGCUCGAGCGACAGCGACAACGACAGUGACAACCUCUACAAAGAUCGAGUAACACGGACAUCGAUGAGCAAUUAUUCAGCGUCGUCAGGUGCACCUAAUUCCAAGGCAAGGAGGCGCCCAAUGAAAACGUCGAAGAGGGCAAAGGGAAACGCCUUAGCCUCGAGCAAUGAUAUCGUCGGAAAAUACCCUAAUCAGUCCCAAACUCCCUCAGAGGGCGGUUUGGCUGUCUCAUUAGAUCAAACACAAGAGAUUUUCGGUCGCGGGGUUCUCCGUAUCCAAACUCGCGGUCCUCGACAAGCCUACUUCAUGACGUUCCUUCCAGAGGUUUCUCAUUGCCCUCUAUGCCGUCACUGUCUGAAAUGA